AUGCGACCAGCCCCCGCUCUGGUGUGGGCCGCGGCGCUGCUGGCAACUCUGGGAGCCGCGGCGCCCGCAGCAGCCCAGUUAGGGACGGCGCGGUUUCGAGCGCCGCCGCCCAAGAAGCCGCCGCCCAGGAAGCCGCCGCCGCCGCGGCGCGGCGGCGCCGCCGCCGUGUCUGGCGCCGGCGCGGUGGGCGCGGGCCGGCCGCUGUCGCCGCCGCGGCCGCGCCGGCCGCCCGCGCGGCCGCGGCCCACACCCCGCGUGCAACCCAUCCAGCUCCCCAAGCCGGUCACGCUGCCGGGGGGCAACACGCGGCCGUGGAGCGGCGGCAGGCUGCUGCCCGCGGACCGGGCCCUGGACUGGACGCACGCCGGCUACAGGGAGGGCCGGCUGGCCAUUCCCACCCCACCCAUCCGAUACAACGUGCGGGCCUUUGGGGCCAAGGGCGACGGCGCCAGCGACGACACCGAGGCGAUACAGGCGGCGGUACGCGUCGCCAACCGCGCGCCGGGCGUCAUCUUCUUCCCCCCCGGCACCUACAUCCUCACACGGCCCAUCUCGCUGUACCGCGGCCGUACCGUGCUGCGGGGCGCCGGGCCCGGCCAGUCCAUCGUCCACAUCCCGCUCUCCCUCUCCGAGGUGUACCAGGGCACCUGGACCAGCGACGCCUCUGGCAAUGUCAAGUCCGCCUGGAGCUCCGGGGGCGCCUUCAUCACCUUUGCUGGGCGCCGCCAGCGAAGCGACAACGCCCGCACCCUGCUGGCGACAAUCACGGGGCCCGUGGCGCACGGCAGCAACCGCAUCCCGGUCGGCAGCGUGGCGCGCCUGCGUGUGGGGCAGCGCAUCCGCAUCUUUGUCAACGACGCCUCCACCCUGAGCUCCCGCCGCCGCCUGCUGCAACAGCAGCCGGCGCAGCAGCCGGCGCGCAACGCGACGGCGGCCGGCGCGGCCGGCGCGGCCGAGCGCCCGCCCAACGCGGUUCGCAUGCUUGCGGGCGCCAUGCCUGCCGCCAUGCUGGCUGACCCUGUGGUGCAGCUGGCCAUGCUGGGGCAGGCCCAGCUCGGCGAGGAUGACGAGGUGCUUACGCCCGAGCAGGCGGCGGCGGUGGAGGCGGGGUGGGCUGCGGCGGCGCGCUCCGGCGGCGGCGGCACGGACGUGGAGGAGGGGGACGGCGAGUUUCGGUGGGAGGAGGCGUGGCCGGCCAGUCAGGACGCCGCGUCGGAGGCCUGGGACGGCGGCGACGAGGCAGGGGUGGAAGAGGAGGAGGAGCCGGGAGCGGCGGCCUCGCCGCCGCCGCCCUCCUCGUCGGCCAGCCCGCCGCCGGCCCCGGCCCCGGCCCCGCCGCCCGGCCCGCCGCCUCCCGUGGACAUUGCGGAUGAAGAGGAGGGUGAGGAGGGUGAGGGUGAGGAGGAGGCAAACGCGGCGGCGGCGGCCCAGGGCCAGUCUGCCCUGGCGGCGGCGCUCGCAGCCGCCGGCUACGAUCUAUCCGACCUCUCCACCGCCGCAUUUGAGGCCGGCGCCGCCGCCGCCACCGCUGCCUCUGCUGCCGGCGCCUCUGCUGCCGGCGCGGCUGCCGGCGGCGGAGCCAUCGGAGCACAGCACCCCGCCAACCAGGCGCGCGCGGCCGUGGGCGCGCCGGGCGGCGGCCAGGCCGGCGCCAACACGGUGCUUGCGUGGGCGUAUGGUGAGGGGCUGUCAGACACAGGCACCGACGAGACAGUCAUCGACAAAGAUGAGGUGGCCAUGACCGCCAG